AUGAGUAGGAUCCUAGAGAGCGAAAAUGAAACAGAAAGUGACGAAAGCUCCAUCAUAUCCACAAAUAAUGGAACGGCAAUGGAAAGAUCCAGAAAUAAUCAAGAAUUAAGAUCAUCUCCUCAUACCGUUCAAAAUAGAUUGGAACUUUUUAGCAGGAGAUUGUCUCAGCUUGGUUUGGCGAGUGACAUUUCUGUCGACCAGCAAGUUGAAGAUUCCUCUAGUGGCACUUAUGAACAGGAAGAGACAAUCAAAACGAAUGCACAAACAAGCAAACAAAAAAGCCAUAAAGACGAAAAAAACAUACAAAAGAUACAGAUAAAAUUUCAGCCCAUUGGUUCUAUUGGGCAGUUAAAACCAUCUGUUUGUAAAAUAUCAAUGUCACAGUCUUUUGCAAUGGUUAUUUUAUUUCUUAAGAGACGGCUGAAAAUGGACCAUGUUUAUUGUUAUAUAAAUAAUUCGUUUGCGCCAAGUCCGCAGCAAAAUAUUGGUGAACUUUGGAUGCAAUUCAAGACUAAUGAUGAGCUUAUUGUAAGUUAUUGUGCAUCCGUAGCGUUUGGUUAA